AUGGUUUCUGUUUGUGGCGAUGGCCUAAUCAUCUCGUCUGAACCAGGCGCCGUCGUCUCUCUGAGGCCGCCGCCUGGCGCUGGUUUAUCUUCUAUCAGACGAGGAGGACGCGCGGCAGCCUUCGCGCAAAAAAACGAAGGGGCUGCUCAGGAGUGCCUAGCGCUCCAGCUUGGCUGGCUGGCGCACAGUAGCACGGGGGUUAAAGCGAGCGCAUCUGCUGCGCUGAGUCGUGC